AUCAUAACAAUGCUCAAACAAGAUCCUGACAAUCUCCAAAAUAGUGGUAGUAACCAGAAGGCUGAGAGCAAAGAAAAAACCAAACAAUGGGGCACAAGAACACAAUUUUCUUGGCACUUAUAGCUACCUUGAUUGCAAAGGAAGCCUUUGCAGCACAACAUGUAGUUGGUGGAAGCCAAGGCUGGGAUCAAUCCACAGACUUUAAGUCAUGGACUUCAGGCCAAACAUUCAAGGUUGGAGAUAAACUUGUUUUCAAGUACAGUUCUUUUCAUAGUGUGGUUGAGCUAGGCAACGAGAGUGCCUACAAGAAUUGUGAUAUUAGCAGUCCGGUGCAGUCCUUGAGCACUGGCAACGAUGUUGUGAAACUGGACAAGCCAGGUACAAGGUACUUCACUUGUGGUACCUUGGGCCACUGUAGUCAAGGAAUGAAGGUGAAGAUUACCAUACGAAAAGGGAAUGCUCCUUCCCCCGCAUUGUCACCGGCAACAUCUCCGUCACUGUCACCAUCACUGUCACCAUUAUUGUCAUCAACAUCAUUAUCAUCACCACCAUCAUCUUCUUCUCCUACAAAUACUAAUGCAUCUUCGGCCUCACAAUGCUUCACCUCUUUUAUGUUCAUUGUUGCAUUAUCGGUCACCAUAAUGGUGUCAUUGUUUUAAUCGAUAAUGUGAAAGAUGGAUUUAUAAAUGUUAAAAGUACGUAUAUAAACUUGUGGGCCAUGGUGGCAUGGAAUUUUAAUUUAUCUCGGUUGUAUUCACCUAAUUCGAAGCAAGUUUGUCCCUGAUUGAGCUGGUUACGAGGCAGAGGAGGGGCAUGCAUAUGCUUUUCGUGUAAUAUUAAAUGUACGUGUAUAUCAAUGAUAUUUUUUUUUCCUUGUA